GUAUUCUAAAAUUCAAAUCGGUUAAAAACAAAUCAUGUGUAUACAAUCACUAGUGUAAUUCAACGAAUGAUACAGUUAGUUUUUGGAAACAUUUAUUUUUGCUUAAUUUUUCGGUCUACGGUAGCCUUUGGGCGACUGGACUCAGGCUAUUAUAGAUACAUAAUAGGGAUGUCAUAUUAUUUGUUAUAGUUUUAAUAGUUAAGAGAAUAAUAUAUAGUUUACUAUGAUGUCAGCCGUCUGGGCAUAGAAUUAAUUAAAUAAUGGAUAAAUCUUUGAUUAAUUGUUUUCCAUUCCGACAAUGGAAUUUGUUAUGCAUUUUACGUUAUCAAAUUGCCGCCCCUAUCCGAAGCCUUGACAGAUAACAUAGACCACGGGUUUAGGUCGAGACUGAUUGCAGGCCGAUCGAGAAUAUUUAUAUUUCAAGACUGCCAGAAAUCAACAGUUUUCUUGCAACAUUAGGUUGCUAAUUGUCUUGCUGGAAAAUUAAUUUCUGUCCAAUAAAUUCCACUUAAUUUGCACUUUUCUUCUUUUCGUGAGACAAUUAGAUGAAAUUAAUUAGCUAAUUCAAUUAUUUAUUCAAUAAUAAUUAAAAGCUCACAUAUAGUCUUAUCUGUCAUAGCUAAACAGUAGAUCAAUGUCCUCUGGCUUUAUUAAUAUUUCGCUCCAAAAUAAAGGUUCUUUUUAAUAAAUAUUCAACACUUACCCCGAUUAAAAAAAUUAAAUGAAUGAGAAAUACUACAAAAAUAUUUCAAAUACAAGAUUUGUGGACUCUUAGAAUAAUUUUGCUAACAUUAAAUUAUUCGGCUCAGUUUACCAUAAAAACAGUUUCUUUGAAAUAAUAUAAACUAUCUAUAAGCUUGUCCUAAGGAAAUAUUUAUCUAUGUAUUGAAAAACAACAAUAAUUUAACAAAUUAAUUUACCAUUUUAAAGAAAUCUAUAAAAAUUACAUUUUACUUAAUUUAUAAUAUGUGAGAGACAAGGGUGUUUGAAUAACCCUUGUUUAAAGGCUUACUAUUUCAACGAGUAUAUCCGCUAUUUCGCGAGAAUUUUCAAAAAAGUGAGAUCCAAGAAAUUUUAGGUUAUAUUUACAUAUUACUUGUAUUCACUCCCCUUGUGUACCCCAUCACACGCCAUGAAAAUAAAUGAAAUUUGAUAAUAACCACGCCCACCUCCCAUACAAAAGUUAUGUUGAAAAAUACUAAAAAUGGGUUAACUCACUAACGAAAAACGUCAGAAACACUAAAUUUCGCAUAAGAAAUGGCAGAUGGAAACUGCACUCAGAUUUUUUUUUUACAAAAUGGAAAAUGGGCGUGGCGUCGCCCACUUAUGGGUCAAAAACCAUAUGGACUGUAUUAAGAAGUGGCUAAAAGAAACGACUGCAGAAAGUUUGGUUUAUAUAGCUUCAUUGGUUUGCGAGAUAUAUACAAAAACCUAUUUGAGGGCGGGCCACGCCCACUUCUCAAAAAAUUACAUCCAAAUAUGCCCCUUCAUAGUGCGAUUCAUUGUACCAAAUUUUACAGACAUCCGGAUUUGAACUCCACUCUUCACCUUGAUCAGUUUGGUAUGUAUAACCCUAUAUCUAACUCGUUUAGUUUUGGGUGUUAUAAACAACUGUUACGUCAACAAAACUAUAUACCCUCUUAGCAACUUUGUUGCGAGAGUAUAAAAAGAGAGUUUGAAAAUUUCAGUUACACCCGAACUUAGCCCGUCGUUACUUGUUGUAAAUAUUUUUGUUUGGUUUCGGAAAGAAAACGAGAAAUUUGUUCACUAACGUCGAAAACAUUAUUUAUGGUACAUGGUGUAUGGGGGCUUGAGGAAGUAUUACCCGAUUUUAACCAUUUUUGGCACAUAGUCACAUUAUUAUAAGGAAAACAUCUUUUUAGAAUAAUUGAUAUUUAAUGAUAUUUUCUGUAAAAAAUUGGUCACAAGCACUCAGGUCCUCAUGUUCGGUAUCUGGGCCCUUGAAAACUUAUAGCCCGAUUUCAGCGAUUUUUAUACUCUCGCAAACUGUUGCACAGAGUAUUAUAGUUUUGUUCACAUAACGGUUGUUUGUGUCACCAAGAAAUAAAAGAGUUAGAUAUGGGGUUAUAUAUAUAUAAAUGAUCAGGAUGACGAGUGGAUUUGAAAUCCGGAUGUCUGUCCGUCUGUCCGUGCAAGCGAUAACUUGAGUAAACAUUAAGAUAUCUUAAUGAAACUUGGAACAUAUGUUCCUUGGCACCCUGCUUUCGAAAAUGGGCAAAAUCGGUCCACUGCCACGCCCACAAAAUGGUGGAAACCGAAAACCUAUACAGUGUCAUAACUAAGCCAUAAAUAAAGUUAUGAAAAUGAAAUUUGGAACAUAGGAUCCCAUUAGGGAGGGGCACAUUUGGAUGUAAUUUUUUUGGAAAAGAGUGGGCAUGAAAACUCUCGUGGGCGGGAAAAUGGACGUGGCGUCGCCCACUUAUGGGUCAAAAAUCAUAUCUCAAGAACUAUUCGACUGAUUUCAAUGAAAUAUAUAUAUAUAUAUAUAUAUCGGUAUAUAACACUUUCUAGACACCCUGAUGACACGGGUCGAAUAUGGGCGAAAUCGGUUCACAACUACGUCUACUUCCCAUAUAACUCAAUUCUGAAUUCCAUCUGAUUCGUUCACUUUAUAAUGUAUUCAUAAGGAACCAAUGAAGCUAGCGGAAUAAAACUCUAGACAAAUACUGUAUUUGAGCUGUGACAUCACUUGUGGAAAAAUUGUCAAAAUCGGACCAUGACUUUUCAAGGCCUCUGAUAUCGAACAUGAAGAACUCAGUGCCUAAGGGUAAUUUUUCACCGAAAAUAUAGGUAAAUCCCUCAGAUAUUUUAAUACAUACAUUAUAUUGGUUUAUAAUGUGAUGGGGUGUCACUUAAUGUAUAAGUAUCAAAGGGUAAAUUAAAAUAUUGACGAAACCUGAGGGCAAAAACAUUAAAAAAAUGAAUUAAAUUUCAGUUUUUUCGAUAUAUUGGCUAUAAGGACACAAAAACAUUGAUUUUGGGGUUUACAGUCCUCUAAGAACUUAAAGACAGACUUAUUCUGAGAAGCUUUGCCAAAGAAAGUUUACCAAAAAAGUCAACAUUAAAAAAGUUAGAGACCGAAGAAAAAAGUGCCUUUCUCUUACAAUGGGCCACUUUGAUGAAAAACUUCAAAAAAAAAAUUUUGUAUGAAACCAUGAUUGUAACUCAAAAAAGUAAUGAUGCAGUUCGAUUCGUAGGACCCGAAAUAGGGGGAAACCGUCGAAUUUGGUCUUGUCUUUUUUUUUUGGAAAAAACUAUCACAGUGUUAUUCAAACAAAUGCAACUCUCAAUUUUACUUACUUAAAAGUACACUGCUGUUAUUGGAUGUCAAAGUAAAGAAUUGAUAAAAAAGGUAAAUAAAGAAAUGUCAUAAGAAAACACAGCGAUAUGGCGUCCAAGCGAAGAAAAUUAAAUUUAAAGGAAAAAAUUAAAAUUUUAGAUGAAUUAAAAGCGGGAGAAAAGAUUGCAACAAUAUCAAAGCGUAGAAAUAUACACGAAGCAACAAUUCGUACCAUAAGGAGGAAUGAAACAACGAUAAGAAAAGUGGUUGCAGCCGCCAGUACUGGGUGCUUUUUAAGUGGGUUUUAUGUUCGCGAUGUUGCAAUUUUGAAAGCAGAACGUGCACUUUUAUGUUGGAUUGAUGACAAUGCAGUAAAGAGGAUUCCUAUUGAUACAAGGUGUAUAAAAGCAAAGAUGCAACAAUUUUAUGUUACAAUUAAAAACGAAGAACCUUCCACUUAUGAGGCUCACCAAGUAUUCAAUGCGGAUGAGACCGCACUCUUUUGGAAAAAAAUGCCUAGUCGGACUUAUGUGGCAAAGCAAGAAAAGUCUGUGAAAGGUUUUAAAGUAGCAAAGGAGCGUAUCACGUUGUUGUUAUGCAGCAAUGCAUCAGGAGACAAAAUGUUGAAACCUCUUCUUGUUAACAAAAAUCUUAACCAUAGGGCCUUAAAAGGUCAGUUAGAAUGUUUUGUUUCUAACACUGAUAUGUAUUUUAAUUCGCUAAUUUGUUCCUCAGGUAUUGAUAAAACCAAGCUUCCGGUCCAUUGGAUGGCAAAUAAAAAGGCUUGGGUCACAGCUUCACUUUUCAAGGACUGGUUCUUAAAUCAUUUUGUACCUGAAGUUCGAGAGUAUCUCCGCUCAAAACAACUUGAUUUCAAAGUUUUACUAGUUAUAGACAACGCUCCUGGUCAUCCAGACAUUUCCCAUAAAAACGUGAAGAUAAUGUUUCUACCUCCUAAUACGACGUCGUUAAUACAACCACUCGAUCAGGGCAUUAUUGCUACUUUUAAACGUUAUUAUGUGAAGCAUUCUUUUCAACACAUAAUAAACGAAAUUGAAACAAAUAACGAAAUGAACGUAAUAUCUGCGUAAAACAUUCGAUUUAAAAAACUGCAUAGACUGCAUUAGUUGCUCUGUAAGAGAAAUUAAGAAAACCACUUUAAAUAGGUGCUGGAAAAACCUGUGGGCGGAUGUAGCGGUAAUGGAUACUGAGAAUGAGACACUAUCUGAAUAUGCCGAUAUUUUCCAAGUUUCCCACGCGAUCGGAGGAGAAGGAUUCCACGAUAUAACCAUUGAAGAUAUCAAUGAACUUUUCGAAAAUGUUGUUAUUUCCGAUGAUGAGAUUUUGCAAAAUUUUGCAGAAAACGAUUGUAAUGACAACAAAGAUAAUGAUGAGGACAGGGCGGCACAUUCAAACGCAGCUGGUCUUAGUGCAUCUUUGAUCCAAAAUGGAUUAAACAUAGCGAUGGAGUUAGAAAAUCAUUUCCUCAACUUCGACCCAAACACGGAACGGUCUGCAAGAUUCCAGCGCCAAUUAAAUGAAGCAGUAGAAUGCUACCGUGAGCUUUAUGAAGAAGUGAAAGAAAAGAAGACGCAGCGAUUAAUGACUGAUUUUUUUAAACCAUAAACGUAUUUUAUAUUAUAUUCAUUUUGUUAACUUUCCCUGUUUUGUUCGUUCCUUUUAAAAGUAAUACAUAUGUAUAUAAUACCAUGAAAAUAUAUAGUGUUUUAAUUGUGUAAGUUCUCACUGUACGAAUAGAUAGAUUCACAUAUAAAAUUAGAUAUUUUUUAAACGUUUAUCUUUUUUGCACGAUUUUUUUUGUAAAUUUGUCCUUAUAGAGAGUUUUAUAUUAAAAUCUGUGUUUUUUUGCACGGUUUAUUUUUGCACGGAUAAUUUACUGUCCCAGUUAACCGUGCAAAAAGGAGAUCAACUGUAUAAGGAGUUGGCGUGAUUGUGAUCGGAUUUUGCUCAUGUUUUAUCCGUGUCAUUAGAAUUAAAAAACCUGAGUGCAGAUUCCUAUUCCAUUUCUUCUGUAAAAUUGAGGGUUGACGCCGUUUUUUGUUUGUGAAUUAACGCACUUUUAGUAGUUUUCGACAUAACCUUUACUUACUGGGGCGCCAAGAUUUGAGUUCAUUUUUAGGUUAAUUAGCCCAAAAUAAACACUUUUUAUUGAAACCAAUUGAUGGCACAAUUCCGAUUAGUAUGGCGAUCUGAGGGCACCGUUGGAAAGAGAACGUCCUCCCGAUUAAAAAAUAUAUAGGGUUAUAGGUACCGCAGACGCCUAGUUUUCGAGAUAUACCGCUUUAAAGAUAAAAAAAAAUCAAAAUUUUCAACAAGCAAUUUCACACACUUUAACACAUUUUACACUCUUUUUUCACUUCAAAUAUUAGAAAUUACAUUACUAACAUUCAAUAAAAUUCAAAUUUUACAUUUAUUUAAAGUUUUUUAAACAAAAAUUACUUGUUUUAAAAAUCACCUUUCAUUCUAAGAUUUAUGUGUUUACAAUUAUGCGGAAAACAAGCGCUGCCACAUUGUAGAUACCAUAUAUAAAUUCAUCCACAAAUUCCUCUUUUUGCGAAAAUUCCUCUGUUUUUGCCAAAAUUCCUCUUCUUUUAUUUAACAAAAUAAAUGUUUAACAUUCAUUUAUUCUACCAUUCUUGCCGAA